AUGUUCUGUUUACUUACUUGUCACAGAAUAUCACCUGCAGAUGACCUUAUUCUCCGGGACAUACUUCCCGAACCCUUGAUCACAUUCUCUCAAGCUAAUUCUAUCACGAACCGGGUCAUUACGGAUUUUCAGAAGAGAGCGUACAACAUAGCGGCUUUCUUGUCUCCGUUCUUCACAGAAGUUCAGUAUUAUUCAUUCUGGGGCCUGCAAGCUAUCACAGGUCUGCUGAUCUCCAGGUCUACUGCACUUCAAUUUCUAGACCAUACGUAUUACAAGGGAUCAGAUCUAGAUCUUUAUGUGAACCACGUAUUUGCAAGACGUGUAUGCUUUUUGUUUUUUUGUUGUGCGUUCUGUCUGGAUAGGUCUUUUUUGGACUUGCAAACCACCUUGGCCGAACUGAAUGCGCCAAUGCCCACACCUCUCCCUAAACAAUAUGGAGGGCCUGGAAUCAUAUGUGUCCUCAAAUACCGCAAUCCUUCGAACAUGAAAGUCGACGUGAUAUUAACUCGCUUUACACCGCUUCAGGCGAUCUUAUCAUUCCAUAGUACUUGUGUCAUGAACGUUAUUUCAUAUGCUCAUGCUAUUUCUCUCUACCCCCGUGCAACAUUCGUCGAUCAUGUAGCGUGUCACAUCGAAUCUGGUCGGAUGCGGGACAUGAACGCGAUAUCCAAGUACAAAGCCUGA